AUGGCUUUCAACGGUGGACGGGGCGACCUCGAGGCCGCCCGUCAAUUUCAUCAGCAGGUUCAGCGCGGCGAACUUCGCGAUGACAGACAGCGCCGUGGUAGCGCCCGUGGUGGCCGUGGCAGCCGUGGUGGUGGAAAUAGUGGCAGCCGUGGCCUUCUCGACACUCCUAGCAACUUCCCACGCACUAAUUCGACCCCUACACGUGGUGGUCGUGGUGGUCGUGGUGGACCAGGUGACAUAUCUAGCAACUGGAGCGAGCGCCUCGCAACGGCCCCGCCUAACCACUACUUCCAGAAUGUCAACGUGGCUGCCGCCCAGGCCAACCAGCCGGCUACUGAUGGUGACGCUGGUGAUCCGAUGAUCGUGGAUGACGUCCCUGCCAGCCCCAAACGCGGCCUCAGCGCGUCUCCCUGGGCUGCAGCACCUGAUUGCAAGAGUAAUAGUGCUGGUACCCCGGGCCCUAUAGCUCACAACGCUAUCCCUGCGACCACCAUCCCUCGAGGCAUUGAUUCUUUUGCUCCAACUGCUGCCGCCAAGCAGCAGGCUACCAUCAGCACUGCUCAGCGUUCUGUUGGCACCGCUACCCUAGGCGGUGGAAAUGGCCUCGGAGGCUCCCGCUGGGCUGAUAAGCCAUUCAAUCCAGUCUUCGGUGUCGACACGGGUGCUUAUGUUGACAAGGACUGGAUGUAUACGUACACCAUCGAGGAUGGCGGUCGGCUCUUCGACCAGGCGGCAGAGAACGCUUGUGCAGCUGGUGAUCGCGAGUCUGAGGCAAAGCUUCGCCAGGUAGUCAAGCUUUGUACAGGAGUGGUCCAUGCCCGUGUCCAUCUCCAGGACCAGAACGCAGAGCUCCAAGCCCGUACCGCUGCCAACAAGGCCGCGAAGCAAGCCUGCAAAGAUUUCGAGAAGUACAAACCCGUGUCUCGUAAUGACAGCAACAACAAACCCAAGCUCGCUGAGGCUUCUGGUUCUGUACAUAUCUCUCCUCAGUUUGCGGCCCAAGUUGGUCCCCACGCCGUCAAGCCGACCGUGCCAGCGACUGCUCAUGUCAGCAUGCCAGCCCAAGGUGCUCAGACCGGUGAGUAUAGCCGCUCCGCAGCUGCUCAGGCCCAAUCCAGCCAACAGCAGAAUCGACAUGUCCAGCAGUCUGCUCAGGGCGCUCAAGGCAUACACAACAAUGCCACUAGACCUACAUCAGGUCCUGCUACCCAAAAUGACAAUGCCCAAUCGCAACAGCUCGCCGCCGAGCAGUGGAUCCGCGAGACCUUCUUCAACAAGAACAAGCAGAAGUGA